AUGGCUCCAUCAUCUUUCCUGGGCCUAGAAGGCCUCCAUGUCUUCAUCACAGGUGCCGCAGGUAGUAUUGGCAGGCAAGUGGUGCAGGAAUUUCUAGAACAAGGAUGUAACGUGACUGCACUCGAUCUCGACCAUGUGGAGACCCCCGAAACAGCCGCAGGAGAUGCAUACGCCAGACUUCACAUCCUCAAAGGAGAUGCUAUAGACGAGGAAUCCAUCCGAUCCAGCAUCUCACAGGCUAGCAAGCGUUUUGGUCCGAUCAAUGUACUCGUUACCAAUGCUAGCACCAUCAACCAGAGGGACAACCUUCCCAUCUGGGAGCUACCGCUGGAAGCCUGGGAGCAGACUUCCCGCGUCAAUGUCCGGGGGACCUUUCUCACGAUCAAGCACUUCCUGCGAGCCGCUCAAACCUCCCAGCAGACUCUGGGCAGGGAGCUGGACAAUCUUGCUAUCGUGGUGACGGGGGCCGAGUCAUCUAGCAAGACUGACUUGCAAAAUGAGUUGGUUCAGAGCGUGAAGAACGAUAUUGUCCGCCUCAACAGCCGGGCGAGAAUCAAUAUCGUUGCUUCAGAUAAUACGGCCACGAUCGAAGGCAACCCUCUGGGGACACAAACUUCCACGGCCCCUCGACAAGCGGCCACCCCAGAGGCGAUAUCUCGUACGAUAGCGUUCUUAGCUUCCCACCGCGCAGCAGGACAUAUCACAGGCCAAUGUCUUAACCUGAACGACAGCGCCCCGGCUCCCCCAACAAGUAGCCUCAUCACCACCAUCCCACCCGCGCUAUCCAACCUCAAACGCAACAAAAUCCGCGUUGCGGUCUCGAUCGACCUCGACGCUGUCUCCGGAUGGCUCGGAACCGGCCACCACCCAGACAAUAUCCUGGCCGACUACUCAGCCGGCUUCUUCGCCGCGAAAGUCGGCGUCCCUCGUCUCCUGCGCAUGCUCAAGAAACUCAACCUCACGGACCGCUGCACGUGGUUUAUUCCCGGCCACUCCGCCGAAAGCUUCCCAGACGAAGUGCGCCAAGUGAUCGACUCGGGCUGCGAGAUCGGGUUGCACGGCUACGCCCACGAAGGCGCCUACCAACUCACCGUAGAACAAGAGCGCGACGUCCUCACCAGAUGCAUUGACAUCGCCACCAAGCUCACGGGCAAGAAACCCGUCGGCUACCGAGCCCCAUUAUACCAACUCCGCGAAUCCACCCUCGAUCUCCUCGAAGAAUUCGGUUUCGAAUACGACGCCUCCCUAACCGACCACGACAGCCACCCCUUCUUCGCCCCACGCCGACCCCCCCUCCAACCCAUCGACUUCUCCCUCCCCGCCUCGACCUGGAUGCACCCUAUCCCAACCACCACCACCGACCGACGCCCUCUCGUCUGCGUCCCCUGCAAUUGGUACAUGGAAGACAUGACCCCCAUGCAAUUCCUACCUCAUGCGCCCAACUCCCACGGAUACACCGAUGUCCGGGUCAUCGAGAACCUCUGGAAAGACCGAUUCCUGUGGAUUCGAGAGAACGAGGAAGAACCCAUCUUCCCGGUCUUGAUGCAUCCGGAUACGAGUGGCAUGGCGCAUGUGAUUGGGAUGUUGGAACGGUUGUUGACGUGGUUGAAGGGGUGGGGGGAUGAGGUGGAGUUUUGUCAGACGGGGGAGAUUGUGCGGUGGUGGAGGGAGAGGGAGAUGAGAAGGGAGGAUUGA